CCAGACCGAACGACGGACGAAUAUUCGGUUCGAAUCGUUAGAAUUGACGCUAGCUGUUUUGUGCUGCAUAUCAGUGCGCGAUUCGUCAAUGUAGUGCCGUGGACCGGGGCGCCAUUUCGAGCUCGAGCGUAACGCAGAUUCUAAGAUGGACUAGCGGGGGCCGCUGGAGCUUCUGUACCCGAGAGAACGCGACCAUGUCGGGGUGGCUGACGCGGGCGUGCCGGAGCCUGGCCGUGUCCGCGUGGCUGCUGUCGCUCUGCUCGGUCCACUUGCUGUGUCUGGACUUCACGGCUGCGGAGAAGGAGGAGUGGUACACGGCGUUCGUGAGCGUCUCGUACGUGGAUCCGGUGACCGAUGAGCCGCGCACCGACCGGACCGAGUGCGGACACUAUGGAGAGCACUCGCCCAAGCGCGAGGCCAGGGGCGUGCUCGCGACGGCCGUGUCGGCGCGUGAGAGGCAGGCGUGCGAGCCCAGCACGCGCUUCUCGGUGCCGGAGCGGGCCGGCGCGUGGAUCGCUCUCAUCUACCUGGGGAACUGCUCGUACCGCGACAAGAUCCGCCACGCCGCGACCCUGAACGCCACCGCCGUGGUUAUAGCCAAUGUCGGGGGUUCCAACGCCAACGAGACCAUCACCAUGCCUCAUCCGGGAACGGGUGACGUGGUGGCGAUCAUGAUCCCCGAGUACAAAGGACGCGAGCUGGUGUCGCUGCUGGAGAAGAACGUGACGGUGAACAUGCACAUCACCAUAGGAACGCGAAACCUGCAGAAGUACGUGAGCCGCACCUCCGUGGUCUUCGUCUCCAUCUCUUUCAUCGUCCUCAUGAUCAUCUCGCUCGCCUGGCUGGUCUUCUACUACAUCCAGAGGUUCAGAUACGCCAACGCCCGCGAUCGAAACCAGAGACGACUCGGAGAUGCAGCGAAAAAAGCCAUCAGUCAGCUCCAGAUACGAACCAUCAGGAAAGGAGACCAGGAGACCGAGUCUGAUUUUGAUAACUGCGCUGUGUGUAUCGAGGGAUACAAACCUAACGACGUGGUGCGAAUUCUGCCCUGCAGGCACCUGUUCCAUAAAGGCUGCGUUGAUCCAUGGCUGGUGGAUCAUCGGACGUGUCCCAUGUGCAAAAUGAACAUCCUCAAAGCGCUCGGCCUCACGUCGAGCGCAGAGUGUUUGGAGGAGCUUCCCCUGGAAUACGAUCUGGCCGUAGGGGGCGUGGCCCUGAACGCCAUGGUGGUGGGCGAUGACAUCAUGGCCGGUGACGUCACAGCGGGCCGUGACCCCGGGGUCAGGAUGGUGGGUCUCCCUCAGGUCCUCUUGGACUCUGAGCCCAUCUCCGAGGACAACGGACCGACCGAACAAAGUGAACUCCAGCUCAUGGUGAGCAGCGGUUCUGAAGUGUCGCUGGCCGUGGGGGCGGGGCAUUUCGACACGGACGUGCCCGCGGGCGACGUUAAAUGCCGACUGGGCGGCGGCCACGGCCACUCGAACCACGGCUGCACGGACUGAGCCUCGGAGACGACUGUGUAACCAUGACAACCGGCCUGGCUGGGUAUCCGGACUGAGCAUCCGGUGGGAACCCUCAGACUUUGACAUCACACCACGACAUCACUGCCUGCUGCAUUCCGACCCUUUACUCUCCGAUGUUGAAGGUUCCUCGUCAGGCUCGGGUUCUGUACAUUUAGAGUUCCUGCUUCAGAGUGUGCGUGAGAGUAGCGUAAUUUCCGGACCGUGAGACGUGAUUGUUUUCUGGCAUUAGUCGCUUGGCAGCGGGCAUCGCCAAACUGUAGCCAAUCGGAACGCAAUCGGAGCGUGUAUUUCAGCAUCUGUCAACAAACAGUGCUGGACGUAAUGAUGGACAGGGACCGUCCGCAUUAAAGCGUUAAAAUAACGAUCUGUCAUUCGUUAAAAAAAGGCCAAAAGGUUUUACCAUAACCAUGGGUCAGCCAAUCAGGAACGUAGCUCAGUGAUUCACCAUAGUAAAGGAUAUAAGGGAGAAACAUCAUUAUAGAUAGAUAGAUAGUCGAGACAGACAGAUAAUUAGACAGACAAAUAGACAUACAUACAGACAAAAAGAUAGAUAGAUAAACAGACCGACAGAUAGAUAAUUAGAUACACAGACAGAUAAUUAGACAGAUAGAUAGACAGGCAGUCAGACAGGCAGACAUAGAUAGAUAGAUAGAUAGAUAGAUAGAUAGAUAGAUAGAUAGAUAGAUAGAUAGAUAGAUAGAUAGAUAGAUAGAUAGAUAGAUAGAUAGAUAGAUAGAUAGAUAGAUAGAUAGAUAGAUAGAUAGAUAAUUAGACAGGCAGACAGACGAAAAGAUAAUUAGAUAGAUAGACAGACAGAUAGACAGACAGACAGACAGACACAGACAGACAGACAGAUAGAUAGAUAGAUAGACAGAUAGAAAGACAUAGAUAAUUAGACAGGCAGACAGACGAAAAGAUAAUUAGAUAGAUAGACAGAUAGACAGAUAGAUAGACAGAUAGAUAGACAGAUAGAUAGAUAGAUAGAUAGAUAGAUAGAUAGAUAGAUAGAUAGAUAGAUAGAUAGAUAGAUAGAUAGACAAGACAGACAGACAGACAGAUAUAAGAUAGAUAGACAGGAAAUUAGAUAGAUACUUUAUUGAUCCGAAGGAAAUACAGCUAGUUUUGUCAGCGAAGUGCUACCAUUCAGGCCCCUGUCUUCCUUUCCUUUCUUUGUCUUUCUUUUCAUCGUUCUGAUUGGUUUGGUGAUUAUUGAGUAUUGGGGCACCUGACCAUGAGCUCGUUGGGCAUUCCAUUUCAAACCAUGUGCAUUUGGAAUUAAUUGCUCCCCUUUUUCUUUCCUUUGUAGCUUAAAUAUCACAAGUGUUUCUACUUUCUGCAAGACUUAGGACUGUGUCUGUGGGAAUUGGUGUUCAUUCAGUCAAUAGAUUCUUGCGGUCCAAGUUUAAUUUAUACCAGAAGUGUUGAGUUGGGUUAAGUGAUCACCAGGGCUCUGUGUAGAGCAACUGGAGCUUCUUUGCGCACAACUAUUCAAACCUUUCUUCAUAGAGCUCAAUUUGUGCUCAGGGAAAUCCCCAAACUGCUGCCACGAUGUCAAAAGCAUGUCAUUUACCUUAUAGCAUUUUUAUACACCUGUUACCAAUGGAUGUGGAGGAGGGGUGUCCACAUACUCUUGGUCAUGUGGUGCAUUAUAGAUAUAUUAAAGCUGUCAAUCAUUUUUUCCUUCUGUUAAAAGAAACCCAAAGUUGUUUUAGUGUUCUGCACAGUGGCAGAACGAGAGCAGAUAACGCUCGCUGCGUCUUAUUUGUAGCCUCUUUACCGUCCGAAGUAGCUGACUCCGUCCACUUCACGUCGCUAAUGGUUCCCAGUCGUUUACAUUAGCGGUUUUUAUAGAAAAUGUUCGACUUCCAGCCACUUUACAAUGUUGCGUAACUGACUUUUCACCCGGCCAGCGGCUGUCCUGCCUUCUGAUGCCGCCCAUCGCCGUCUCGCCACGAUAAAUCUACGAUUUCCAGCCACGGUCUGAUGCCGCGUCGCUGCCAGUGGGAGCGCAGGGUUACAGUCCGGAAAAUACGAUACUAGUCUAGAUUACUUUGCUCUCGGCAGACAGUCGGCUCGGUUCUGCUCGACAAUCAGAUUGUUCGUCCAUUCCUCCGGAGUUUUCUUCCAUUCCAUCUUCUACUGGGCCGAGUGGAUCGAGGGGGAAAAGCUCUGAGAAACAUUUUUAGGGUAAAAAAAAUAACAAACGCAGUGUUUAUUUUUCUAUAGAGGUGCUUUUUACGCGUGGAUUAUUGUAGUAUCUAAUAUCGCUCGGGAAACACCGGACUGCCGUCCCUGCUCGACGCCGAACUCGUGACUGGGAGUGUCGCUGCACGUGUGAGAUUGUUACAGAACGUGCUCUUGACCCUGCGGACCACAGUGUUUCCUGCUCGAGCAUGAUGCAGGCCUUUGCACACGUGUUUGUUUCUAUGUGAUUUCGUUUAUGUUUGUAAGUCUGCACGCUUAUUUUAAUAUAUAUUGUAAAAAGAAGCAUUUUGUGGA